AUGGAUGAAGAAGAUCCCUUUGCUAGUUUCGCCGUCGCAGACGUCUCUUCCGACGAAGCAGACGAGGUUGAAACGAGCAAGUCCCGCCGCACAGGUCAAUCAGAGGAGGCAUGGCGAGAAAUCCAGAAGGACUACAAGGCAAAGGUCGAGAAUGGCAAUAUAUAUGAGAAAAUCAAGUUGCCUCUUGACAAUGGAGCUUCCAAGAUGGAUAUUCAGGAGGUCAUACAUGCCGUUGAAGAGCAUUACUUCUUCCGUCGUUACAAGGAGGCCGAACAAUUGGCAAACGACGCUCUGAGUACCAGCACGGGGCUAGAUAAGGACUCAAUGCAAGUACUGAAAGUCUACCAGGACAAAAGUCAUCAAAGGAAUACAUCUGUUUAA